CUCAGAAAGUCAGCAUUUUGUCUAUGCGUAAGCUUAAGAUUUAAUGAUUCUUCAAUGUCUGUGAGAAAGUUGAGCAAUACUUGCUAACUCUAUCUACAAACCAUAUGUGAUUUUCAAUUGCCAAAAGCAAAUAAGAGGAAAAAGGCAUAUAAAAAGCUGAACAGAAAUGGAGAAGAAACAACUGAAUUUCAAUGCCCCACUCAUAUCAGUGAGGAGAAUGUCUUCCAUUGUUUCCCAGCCCGAAGACGUGGUUCGGAAGACGAUAGGCAAGACAUUGCCAAAUCGUCCUCACAUCCCCAGAACCAAACGGGACGUCAACGGGUCGACUCGACCCAGUCGACCCGUUGCAAUCCCGUUUGUUUGGGAACAGACCCCGGGUCAGUUGAAACCCGGGAACCAAAUGAAAAUAUUUGCACAAGAAGAGCCUUCCGAAACUACCCCCAAGCUGCCCCCGGGCAGGACCACCCGAGACUCUAUAAGAUUCUAUUCGGGCGAAAGGCCGCGCGGGCAGAACCUUCACGGGUACCAAGCAGAGUCUCCUAAUUGGAACCAUGACCAUUCUGCCCUAUUGGAUGCCUUAGUUGACAGCAUGUAUUCAAAAGGGGAAUCCGAGCCCGAACUCGGGUGGAAGGAUUCCCCUCCCGAUUCCCCAGGGGUAUUUUCGUCCCCGGAAUCUUCGUCCUUCAGCUGCAGCGUGAGUGGGGUGAGUGGAUAUCAAGGUGGUCCCGACGAAAAACCUUCCGGAACAUUCUCUGUCGACUUGCAGACGCGAGACUUCAUGAUCGACCGGUUCUUACACGCAGCAAAGGCCGUGGUUUUGGACAACCCUCAAUAUGUCCUAAAAAAGGAACUCUCAAUGAAGGAAGAAGAGCCAAAGGCUGUCCCAAUAGAAAGAAAGCCUCCCAAUAUAGGACCAUGUUAUAGCCACUACACAGAGGAUUAUGAUAAUGCAAGUGAAACUGAAGAAGAUGAAAGCAAUAUUAUGACUACUGCAACUACUACUACACCCAAGAAACACAAGUCAUGGGGGAAAUCAUGGAAGAUUUCCCCAUGGCUUUGUGUGAAGAACUCAUUGUGGCUUUUGAAUCCGUUGCCGGGGAUAAAAAGGAGAAGCCAAACUCCAGCUCGUACCCCUCCACUGCCACCAGCCAAAGACAUGAAGAGGUUUAGUAGGAUUGCGCAUAGCGGGCCCCUUCCCACUGCCCGGAAUGCUUACAGCGGACCUCUUGACAAGCAAGUGUGUGAUGCAGUGUACAAUAAGAGAUUCCAUUCUGGAGAGCUGUAUAAAUCCGGUGGCGGUGGCGGCGACAGAAGGAUGUCAACCAGGGUGUCCUACUCUAGAGAUUCGUCCCCAAACCGGCACACCAGAAGCGGCGCAAUUUCCCCAUACCGCAAUGUGACACCCCGGUCUCCUUUCAAUGAGGGAUCCAAGUUCUUGGGUGUGCCAAGGGAGGUUGCCGCGCGGAGGAAGAGUGACGUGGAAGAGAAGACCGCGUGUUCGGCUGGUGUGGUGGGUCCCACUUGGGACCAAUCGCCUCUGCCUCCGCCCUUGCCCAAGACUCCUUCGGAGUCGUGGCUGUGGCGCGCGCUGCCUUCUUCUGCUCCUUCGCAGAACAGGAGGCGAAGAUCAAAGGGCGGUGAUCAUAAGAGUGCUGCUUCCAAGUGGGAGACCAUUGUGAAAUCUUCUUACUCACAUCAUGAUCAUGCUCGCUAUUCUGAGGAACUUGUUCAACGGAAAAGAGUUUAGAGGUUUCUUGCUCUCUUCAAGAAUAUGAGCCCGGAUUUGGUAUCCCAUAAUAUGUGUCACUGCGUGCCAUGCGUUGUGAUUGGUUUAGGAAUCGACCAAUCACAUAUGAGUGACAAAUGCAGUGACACAUAUUGUGGGACCCGAGAUACUCAUUUCGUCGUAUAUGCCACUGUAUAGUCUCUCCCUAUAUAUAUAAGUGAUAUCGAACAUUCUCCAUUUUGCCCCUGGAGUUUCUCCUCUUCAUCCUUUUUUUUAGUGAGGAUACAACAAGAACAUGGGGGUUUUAUUGGGAGAAUGCCCAACUAUUCAUUGUA